GUGUAGACUGCUAUUGUCCUGAUCGCCGUCUUUGAAGAAUUUAUUGAUUCUUUGUCUUCACUCUUGUUACUGUAUUUCGAUGAUCAUGGCUGCUGUAGCAGAUAUCACAGCACACCUCAGAAGGACAAUUAUAAGCUUGAGGAAUACAAGUGCUAUUGAGAAGUUUUGUAGAAUUCGAACCGUUUCAUCACUUUCUUCACAUUUCGUUUCGGCUGCCAGUGCCAGCGCUAGCGAGAGGAGCGGAAGCUCUGGCGGGGACCUGCCCGCGAGAGACCGAUCAAUCUUGGUGUUGCCGAGAAGCCCAAUUCAGGUUCCAUCUCAAACUCAAAGACGAUGUUUGCACUCGGUAUUGUCUUCCCAGCAUUUACAUCAUCCACCUUCAAAUGUUCAUAUACAUGUAUCCAGGGGCUUGGCUUCGAAAGCUCACAUGAAAUACAACAAGAGGAAAAAGGCACCAGUAGAUCAGUUUAAAGGAUUAGACCCUUCCCAGCCCAGAUUAGGGUUUGAAAAAGUCAAGGAAUUAGAAACAGCUAGUGAUACUGUUAAGAAAAUAUUCAGCUUGGAGUUUGGCACUGGGACUGAUUUGCAUAAGAUGAGGCGGAAGCUGACCCAGGAUGCCGUGAGAGAUAAACCAGAUGAGAAAGACGACUUGGCUGUUAAAAUUGCUACCAUCACUGAACACAUAAGGGCCUUGGCACCACAUGUGGAAAACAAUAAAAAGGAUUCUGUCAACAAAGUGCGUAUGCUGAAUGCAAUCGACCGACGGCGCAAGAUGCUCAAAUACCUGAGGAAGCGCAACUACGCGCGCUUCGAACGGCUCCUGCUGGAGCUCAACCUGACCUGGACUCCUCCGCCGGACUAUUACGUGAAAAAGACCAGGCGCUCCAUGGAGAAGAAAGCGGUCGUCAAGGAGGGCUAUAUGAAGAAGCAGCAAGCGCUGAAGGAGUUUGAGGAGAGAUGGAGGCAGGAGAAACUCCUGGAGAUUGCCAAGUUGAAGGAGGAUCUUGGGAAGGAGCUGACUGAGGAGGAGAGUAAUCUUUUGUUAAAGAGCAGAGAGGAGACAGCUCUAUAAAAAUAGGCCUAUACUCCUAGCAGAGAUAACGUGAAAGAUGAACUUCAUUAAAUGAUGAUGUGUCCUUGUGUAGAGCCACUUUAUGUCUGUCGGAUUUUGGCACCUUGUGCUUCACAAUUUGCACCCAGUUUUAAUUUACUGCUAGUGAAAUGAUUGUGAAGGACUGCUUUGCAAUAAGGGGGAAGACUCUGUAUCUCAGCCGAUGCGUCACAUUUGUAAUUGCUGAAACAGCCAAAGUAAGACUGCUCUGUGGUGAGACAGGUAUAUGUACAGUUCAAAGAAUUACCAAAAGUUGCAAUCUCUCAUUAGUAUCAAAUAAAAUAUAUAGGUGAAUUCAUUAUUUUUUUUUCUUUGUUUAAGGGAGGUUUUACUGGAAACAAUCCUUGUAAUAGUAUCAGCACAGUCUGUUCUUAGUUGCUUGAACAAAAACUCAACCGUUGGUAGGGGCUCAAUUAGCUGGAACCUAGAGUGGGGUCCUCCGAAAAUCAUUGGAAAUAAUUACCAUUCACCAGUGAAAUCUUAAAAAGACUGGAAAUUGACAGAUUUUUAGAUAAAACCAUUACCCUUUUUGUCAUCUCUUCCUCUGAGAUUUUCAUUGUAAUUACUUUAUUAUAAAAUAUCUGAUGUAAAAACAAAACAAAAAGUAAAGAAAACUGUAUUGUGAAGUUAGCCCCAAAUUUUACAAAAGAAAUAGAUUAAUAUAGUAAUAAAGUAUGCAUAAAAUGAUACAGUUUCAAUACUUACAUAUUCCUCUGAUUGAGGUGUGAAACAGGAAGAUUUCUUAUGUACUUGAAUGAUGAAUCCCUGCAAUCAUAAUUGUCUGUGCAGUGGAUGAUGAGUUUGAUAUUUUGCAUAAUUAUGGAUUUAUUAAGGAAAGAGAAAUAGCAUCCAUA